GUGGCGUGUGGCAGUCAGUGAAGAAAGCAAGAGAACACACCUUGAUGGAGACAGAGGAUACCUAUUCAGAGGUGCAGGAGGAAUACGAAUAUUUGGAUGCACUGAGGGAGGAAGAGGGAAAACACUCACCUAAAGGGAGAAAUAAUUCCAGUCUUUUGGAGGGGGAUGAGCAGCUAUGGCAAAAAAUACAUCAAGGAGAAAACAGGAAUGAGUGCACUGCAAGCAGGAAAACUUCCAUUGAAAUAUCGGUUAUUAAUGUUCAACAACGGAUGUGUAACACAAAGAAAAUAUAUAAAUGCCUGGAGUGUGGGAAAAGUUUUGGAAGAAAAUAUACCCUCCUCUCCCACCAAAGGACACACACAGGGGAGAAACCAUACAAAUGCCUGGGGUGUGGGAAAAGCUUCAGUCACAGUUCACAUCUUACUUCACACCAAAGGACACACACUGGGGAGAAACCAUAUAAAUGCCUGGAGUGUGUGAAAAGCUUCAGCCACAGUUCACAUCUUACUUCGCAUCAAAGGACACACACUGGGGAGAAACCAUACAAAUGCCUUGAGUGUGGGAAAAGUUUCAGUCACAGUUCACAACUUACUUCGCACCAAAGGACACACACUGGGGAGAAACCAUAUAAAUGCCUGGAGUGUGGGAAAAGCUUCAGUCACAGUUCAAGUCUUACUUCCCAUCAAAGAAUUCACACAGGGGAAAAGCCAUAUGAAUGCCUGCAGUGUGGGGAAAGGUUCAGUCGCAAUGCAAACCUUAUUUUCCACCAAAGGGCACACAUAGGGGAGAAACCAUAUAAGUGCCAGGAGUGUGGGGAAAGUUUUGGAAGAAAAGAUAAUCUCAUUUCCCAUCAAAGAAUGCACACAGGGGAAAAGCCAUAUAAAUGCCUGGAGUGUGGGAAAAGCUUCAGUCACAGUUCCAGUCUUACUUCCCAUCAAAGAAUUCACACAGGGGAGAAACCAUACAAAUGCCUAGAGUGCAGGGAAAGCUUCAGUCGGCGUUCCACUCUUGCUUCCCAUCAAAGAAUUCACACAGGUGAAAAACCAUACAAAUGCCUAGAGUGCAGGGAAAGUUUCAGAUGGCGUUCUACUCUUACUUCCCAUCAAAGAAUUCACACAGGGAAACCAUAUAAAAGCUUGGAAUGUGGGAAAGACUUCAGUCAGGGUAGCCAACUCGCUGUCCAUCAAAGAAUUCACACAGGGGAGAAACCAUAUAAAUACCUGCAGUGUGGGAAAAGUUUUUUGUGGAACGAUAAUCUCAACUCCCACCAAAGAAUUUACACAGAGGAGAAAGCAUACAAAGGCCUGGAGUGUAGGAAAAGCUUCAGCCAGAGUGCAUACCUUAGUUCCCAUCAAAGAACUCACACGAGGGAGAAAUUAUAUAAAUGCCUGGAGUGUGGGAAAAGCUUCAGUCACAGUUCAUCCCUUCAUCGCCAUCAGAACAUUCACACAGGUGAGAAACUAUAUAAAUGCCUGCAGUGUGGGAGAAGUUUUUAAAAAGAUUACCUCAUCUCCCAUCAAAGAAUUCACUCAGGGGAGAAACGGCACAAAUGUCUGCAGUGUGGAAAAGGAUUCACUAAGCGUUCCACUCUUACUUCCCACCAAAGAAUUCACACAGGGGAGAAACCAUAUAAAUGUCUGAAAUGUGGAAAAAGCUUCACUGACAGUUCUAAUGUUAUUUCCCACCAAAGAAUCCACACAGGGGAGAAACCAUACAAAUGCCUGGAGUGUGGAAAAAGCUUCAGUCAGAGGGGGUACCUUACUUCCCACCAAAGGAGACACACAGGGGAGAAGCCAUACAAAUGCCUGGAGUGUGAGAAAAGCUUCACUAGCAGUUCUGCUCUUACUUCCCAUCGAAGAAUACACACAGGGGAAAAGCCAUACAAAUGUCUGGAGUGUGAGAAAAGCUUCUCUGACUGUUCCAAUCUUAUUUCCCAUCAAAGAGUUCACACAGGGAAGAAACCAUACAAAUGCCUGGAAUGUGGAAAAUGCUUCAGUGAGAAUUCCACUCUUACAAUCCAUCAAAGAAUUCACACAGGGGAGAAACCAUAUCAAUGCUUGAAGUGUGAGAAAAGCUUCACUGGCAGUUCCCGUCUUGCUUCCCAUCAAAGAAUUCACACAGGGGAGAAACCAUAUAAAUGCCUGGAGUGUGAGAAAAACUUCACUGACUAUUCCAGUCUUAUUUCCCAUCAAAGAAUUCACACAGGGGAGAAACCAUACAAAUGCCUGGAAUGUGGGAAAAGCUUCUGUCAUUAUUCCAGUCUUACUUCCCAUCAAAGAAUUCACACAGGAGAGAAACCAUAUAAAUGCCUGGAAUGUGGGAAAAGCUUCACUGACCAUUCCAAUUUUGCUUCCCAUCGAAGAAUUCAUACAGGGGAGAAACCAUAUAAAUGCCUUGAGUGUGGGAAAAGCUUCAGUCAGAGUUCCAAUCUUUCUUCCCAUCAAAGAAUUCACAAAAAGGAAAAACCAUAUGAAUGCCUGCAGUGUGGGAAAAGUUUCAGCCAGAGUGCAGACCUUACUUCCCAUCAAAGAAUUCACACAAGGGAGAAACCAUACAAAUGUCUGGAAUGUGGGGAAAGCUUCCAACUGAGUGCACACCUUAUUUCCCAUAGAUUAAUUCACACGGGGGGGAAACCAUAUAAAUGCCUGGAGUGUGGCAAAAGUUUUGGAAGAAAAGAUAACUUCAUCUCCCAUCAAAGAAUUCACACAAGGGAGAAACCAUACAAAUGUCUGGAAUGUGGGAAAAGCUUCCGACAGAGUGCACACCUUAUUUCCCAUAGAAUAAUUCACACAGGGGAAAAACCAUAUAAAUGCCUGGAGUGUGGCAAAAGUUUUGGAAGAAAAGAUAACUUCAUCUCCCAUCAAAGAAUUCACACAGGGGAGAAACCAUACAAAUGCUUGGACUGUGGGAAAAGCUUCACUGAUGGUUCCGGUCUUGCCUCCCAUCGAAGAAUUCACACAGAGGAAAAACAAUUCAAAUGCCUGGAGUGUGGGAAAAGCUUCAGUCAGAGUUCUGGUCUAGCUUCCCAUCGAAGAAUUCACACAGGGGAAAAGCCAUACAAAUGCCUGGUGUGUGAGAAAAGCUUCAGCCAUAGUUCUCACCUUAAUUUCCAUCAAAGAAUUCAUACAGGGGAGAAACCAUACAAAUGCAUACAGUGUGGGAAAAGCUUCAGCCUCAGUGCAAGCCUUACUUACCACCAAAGAAUUCACACAGGGGAGAAACCAUACAAUUGUCUGGAAUGUGGUAAAAGUUUCCGCAACCACUCAAACCUUCUUUCUCAUCAAAGAAUUCACACAGGGGAGAAACCAUACAAAUGCCUGGAGUGUCAGAAAAGUUUCAGGCAUAGUGCAGACCUUACUUCCCAUAGAAGAAUUCAUACAGAAGAGAAACCAUACAAAUGUGUGGAAUGUGGGAAAAGCUUCCGACAGAUUUCACACCUUAUUUCCCAUAGAAGAAGUCACGCAGGGGAGAAACCAUACAAAUGUCUGGAGUGUAAUAAAAGCUUCAACUGCAAUAAGCAGCUUAAUGUCCAUCAGAAAAAGCUUCACAGUACAAGUCUUCCCAUUGAAAAAUUCACACAGAGAAACCAUAUAAAUGCCUAGAAUGUUAAUAAGCUUCUGGAAGAGUGGACUCCUUACUGUCCAUCAAAAAAGAAACUUUUAUGAGAAUGAAUUACUUCCCAUUCCAAAGAACUCAUACAAGGGAAAAAACAUACAAAUGCCUGCAGUGUGGGAAAAGUUUCUAGCAUAGUGCACAUCUUACAUCCCACUGAAGGAUGCACACAGGGGAGAGGAAAUAUGUCAUAUAUUUAUGAUUUUAAUUAUAUUGUAUUUACGAA